GAAGUAGCCAAUUACUGCAGAGAGAGCGUCUGACUGAACAGCUGCUCUGCACACAGCCCGGAAAACGGGGAGUUUGACCAAUGGAAGAAAUGGAGGAUAAGCGAUCCCUUGGUGAAGCAGCAUCCACACAAGACUUAUCAUGCAGGGACCAUAGUAGCUGUGUACAGAAGCCUCUUGCGGAGCCAUCUUACUCUAUGGGGCCCUGUCUCCCAGAUAACCAUCCGUACGACUCCAGAGAAGACACUGUAUCUCAGCCAGUGCCCCCUGUGUAUGAUUCCGGCCUGGAUUGGAACACCCAUGUACCAGAUAACCUAGAACUCUUAAGAUGUCAGAUUGGGGACAAGGCAGUGCAUGGCAGAAAGUACAGGCCUGGUCAUGGGCCUAAAAAAUAUGUGUGUCUGGACUGCGGAAAGAUUUUCACACACAGUUCUACGCUUGCUACGCAUCAGAGGACGCACACUGGUGAGAAACCAUAUGGCUGCACCAACUGUGGGAAGCGUUUCACACGCAGCUCAACGUUAUCCACACACCAACGGAUUCACACCGGAGAGCGACCAUAUGGGUGCGCAGAGUGUGGUAAGUGCUUUAUUCAGAGCUCCCACCUCGUCCUACACCAAAGGACUCACACUGGUGAUCGACCGUAUGAGUGUGCACAGUGUGGCAAGUCCUUCAGCAACAGUGCGCACUAUGUCAUUCACAAACGGACGCACACUGGCGAGCGGCCCUACUCCUGUGUGGAAUGUGGAAAGAGUUUCAGCAGCAAGUCCUAUCUGGCCACGCACAAGAGACUUCAUGCCGAAAACACCCUCUUCAUCUGCAACCAAUGCGGCAAAAGCCUGAGCAAUCGCAUAACGUACGCCAGCCAUGUAAAAACACACAAUGCAAGCAAGCCUUUUGUGUGUGGUGAAUGCGGCAGGUGCUUCAGUCGCAAGCUACAGCUCGUUCUGCACAAGAGGGUCCAUACCGGAGAGAGGCCUUUCGUAUGUGAAGACUGCGGGAAAAAAUACACCCGCAAAUCCUACCUUGUAGUACACAGGAAAACCCACAUGGGUGAUGCGCAAGUGUGCAAUGAAUGCGGUGAGACUUUCAUGGGAAAGCUCGAACUCACAGCACAUCGGCAAAGCCACUUUGUAACUGGCACCGAGAAACUGCCAUGCACAGCCAAAGAUGACUGAUGUGUGCAGAAAAUCCAAUCUGUCUUGGUACUGCAGAACUAUAACUCCCAGAACACUGUGCUAGCUGCUUUGGUGUCAAGCACUGAAUUUUGUGCCCCUCUUUUCAAUUUUAUUUGUUGGAUUCUGGGGAGAUUAGUCGCCCACGAUAAAUCUUCGCUAUUAUGGGCGACUAAUCUCCCCAAAAUGCGA